GGUAAUUUCGGCUGUGUGUAUAAAGGAUUUCUUACGACACCAGAUGAAAAGGGAGAUAAGCUUGUUGCCGUUAAAACAUUACAUCGUAACAAUCCAAGAGAGAUAGAAUUAAAUGCUUUUCUACAAGAGGCUUUAAUAAUGAAAGAUUUUCACCACGAUAAUGUACUGGAGUUGAUUGGAAUAUGUUUAGGCUUGGACGCCAUGCCUCUUGUAGUCUUGCCUUUCAUGGUACACGGUGAUCUACUGAGUUAUAUCCGAGAUGAAAAUAACAAUCCUACCAUUAAAGACCUUAUUUUGUUUGGAAUUGACAUUGCAAAAGGGAUGGCGUACUUAGCAGAACUGAAAUUUGUCCAUCGAGAUCUGGCCGCCAGGAAUUGCAUGUUGGACGAAGCUUUCCGAGUAAAGGUGGCUGAUUUCGGACUAGCAAGAGAUAUUUAUGAGAAGGAUUAUUAUAGUUCAGAUAAUAAGAAGAGUAAACUGCCUGUAAAAUGGAUGGCCAUGGAAAGUUUGGAGAAGGGAACCUACAGUUCUAAAUCAGAUGUGUGGUCGUUUGGAGUGGUAUUAUGGGAGUUGAUGACGCGAGGUGUUCAGCCCUACCCCGAGGUUGAUAACUGGGACGUAAUACGUUAUUUAAAAGCUGGAAGAAGAAUGGCUCAACCUCAAUACUGUCCUGAUCCAUUAUAUGAAGUAAUGCAAGAAUGUUGGCAGCAGACGCCGUCAGAACGUCCAGCCUUUAGUGACCUGGUUAUGGAGAUU